GUUUCUAAUCCUCCGCAGCCACCAAAACGAAGCACAUAAACGUUAAAAUCUCGAAGUCCAAUAAACCCAAUCAGCAACUCCAUUAGUCCCAUCGCCUUAAUAUCUUUUUUUUUUUUUUUUUUAUGGAUACCAUAACCGGAUGUUGCCUAACUCUCAGACCUCGCAGUCUUGGCAUUGCUGACCAUCAUUCCCCACAGCUCUCCACUCCAAAACGCACCGUCUCAUUACUAUCUUUGUACAAAAACCAAAAGUCUAAGACCAAACUAACGUUAUCUUCAAUGGCAGCACCUCUUCAAGUCUCAGCGUUCUCUACUAUUGGUGCAAGAAAUGAGGAGUUGGGGACCGCAAGUUCUGGUCUUGUUGGGGAGAAUGAUUUGCUGAUUGUUGGUCCUGGUGUUCUUGGUCGCUUAGUCGCUGAGAAAUGGCGCCAGGAACAUCCGGGUUGUCAAGUUUAUGGCCAGACGGUGACUACAGAUCACCAUGAUGAAUUGAUUAAAAUGGGUAUCAAUCCAUCUUUGAAAGGGACUAAAGCAACACAGCAGUAUCCUUAUGUCAUUUUCUGUGCUCCGCCUUCUCGAACUUCGGAUUACCCUGGUGAUGUAAGAGAAGCUGCCUUGAGCUGGAAUGGGGAUGGUUCUUUCGUGUUUACAUCAAGCUCUGCACCGUAUGAUUGUUUUGACAAUGGACAGUGCAAUGAGGACUCUCCGGUAGUGCCCAUUGGGAGAAGCCCCAGAACAGAUGUCCUUCUGAAAGCAGAAAAAGUGGUGCUGGAGAGUGGUGGUUGUGCUAUUAGAUUGGCAGGACUUUACAAAGCAGAUAGAGGUGCGCAUGCUUACUGGUUGGAGAAGGGUACUGUUGAAGUUCGUCCAGAUCACAUCCUGAAUCUUAUUCACUAUGAGGAUGCUGCUUCCCUUGCUGUUGCAAUCUUGAAGAAGAAACUUCGGAGCCGGAUUUUCUUGGGUUGUGACAACCAUCCAUUAUCUAGGCAAGAAGUUAUGGACUUGGUCGCUAAAAGCGGGAAGUUUAGCAAAAAGUUUGUGGCCUUUACAGGGACAAGUGAUCCUUUAGGCAAGAGAUUAAACAACUCUAAGACUCGCGAGGAGAUAGGCUGGGAGCCAGAAUACCCUAGCUUCGCUCAUUUUCUUGGUGUCUCAAAAUAGAUGCUAUGCCUGUCAGCAGUAAUGUGAUGGCAUAGAGCUGACGGGAAGUCCACGGUUGUGACGGAAAGGAUGCUUGGUGCUGGGGCAGCUGAUUUCUACGUACCUCACAUUUGAAGGCAACAAACCACCUCCAUUUUCACUAUUUUUGGUUAGCAGCUGCAAUGAGAACCGGAAACCUGAACAUGUAUUUGAUACUACUCUUUAUGAAUAACAAGUCUUUAGAAACGUUUAGAUUGUGUCUUUGAUCUCUUGUCUUGCAAAUAAAAUACACUUUCAUUUGAUUCA